AUGCAUUGUCGUCAUCUGCUUCUUCUAGCGCUAUGGGCACUGGUCCUAUCGGCCCAGGAACUGGUGCCGACCGCCACCGUGGAUGAUCUGCAAGGCGAUCUACAGAUACAGGAAUGGAUGCGAGAGCUGAGACGUGUGAAACGUGCUCCGACUCGAAAUGUCCAUCCGAUCGUAGUUGUACUGCCGGGCUUCGAUGCAGCUCUGUCAUCGCCACCGAUUCCUCCUCCUGAUGCUGGAAAAUGUAUUAUUUCUAAGGCAUCUGGCCGUGAAAUUUGCUAUCCCCAGUACGAGGAUCUUGACACGACCUGCACGGAUGUCACUGGCAGAAGUACCUCCGGACUAGUGGCCCCACCAGUCAUUCCUCAUGCCACUGUGCGUGCAAUGGCUUUCGUGCCACCGGACAACUUGCGACGUCUUAUUGUACAGUACUACAGACAGCAGGGAAAGCUCAUGCCGAAAAACGUCACGUUUUCCCCAAAGUCGUUCUUGUUUGUAAAGUAUCACUGCGAUUUCGGAUACGAGAUGGUUGAUGAGAUUGACACACUGUUCUGUCAUCAGAAGACGUGGGUAAACACCCUGCCAAUGUGCCGUGGAAAAAGGUUAAACCGAUUCCAAAGACUCUGUGCAGAUCUUUGGCUGGCUGUUCUUGCUCGUCGAUCGAUAGCAAUCAGUACUCAUGUACAUGUCCGAAAGGAGCUAAAUGCUUACGGGACCACCAAAACUUUAUGUCGAACCUCCGGUCCCUACGAGGUCCCUCCUGGAGGCAACAUCAACAUCACCUGCUCUGCUGUGGCUUACCCAUUCCCAGACAUUUUUUGGCGAGUAGAGUAUCACGUAAAAAAAUUAGGUGAUGAAAAGAUCCACCAUAUGCCAGCAAAAGCAGGAACAGUGAAGAACGAGCAGAUUCUCAUUAUCAAGAGCUAUUUAAAAAUGCCGAAAUUCACUUGCCAUGCUAAUAAUUCCGAAGGAAAAGUGGACAGGACUAUCAAAGUCAUAAUUACUGAGCCCAAUCACAGUGCGGUGAUCGAAAAUCUCAGACCUAAUACGCCGUACUUCAUUCGACUGCGAGCAAAUGAUCAGAUGGGUCCAGGAAGAUUGGGAAAUCCUGCCGUCGCUGCGCGACCUCUCGUCUUCAUUGAACAGGGUGAAGAACUUCUGGUCGGUCCACUGAAGCCGUUCGAACUCGGCUGUAAUAUCACCCGAGCGGAUCCAGUGCCAAUUGUGACUUGGCAGCAUAAAGGGCGACCGCUCAAUAACGGAGAACGAACAAUGUUCAUGAAAAUGCACAUUGGUGGAAUCAUUGAGAACACGAUAUUCGCCUGUGUGGCAGAAAACGAAGCUGGAAAGAGCACAAAGCGCAUCAACAUUACUGUGACUGGGCCCACGGCUCCUGAACGUAUCCGCUAUCAAGUGGACGGUGAUAAGGUGAACCUACAGUGGGAGCAACCCAGAAUCAUUAAUGCGCCCAUGGCUGGCUACGAUAUCCUCUACACUGACAACCCAAGUCUUCCCGAGGAGCAGUGGCAGAUUGAGCGCAUUGAUGAUCCUCUGGCUCACACAGCGACUAUCACUGGGCUCAAAGAACGUACACCAUACACGUUCCGCAUCCGCGGACGUAACAGGUUGGGCGAAGGACUUCUGAGUGGUCCUUUCAAUGCGACGACGUGGCUUGGAGGUGAGUUCUGCUCCUGUCCUCCUUGCUACACAAAUUUGCCGAAUAGAGCCAGUAACGAACCGUUGAGCAUUGAAUGCGAAGCACUUGGAGUACCCAAACCGAGAAUUAUCUGGCUUUGGAGUGGACAGUUGGUUGAAGACGGCAAGGAUGAAUUCCGAGUCUAUACAUCACACCAAUGGACGCUCAAGACCGCUCAACAAGCAAACUCAUUGCCCAAAGCACCACGAGAACUGGCCGUGAAUGCUGAAGGGUCAGACGAAACAAAGACAGAGGUGAAGAUCCUUGGACCAGGCAGUGCUCCAUUGCAUAUUCAACCUACACCGAUGCAUACCGGAUUCGAUGUUGCAUGGCAGCCACCAAAAAGGCCAAAUGGACGUAUCAAGGUACGAGCGGUAACCAUCAUUCACGCUGGCAAACCUCUAAGCAUAGGAGCAUUUUUUAGAAACUACAUCGUCUACUACACCAAGGAUCCAGAUGCACCGCUAUCAGAGUGGAAAUCGGAAACCGUUAGUGGUGACCUCAGGAACCUCACAGUGCGUGUUGACGACGAAGACACGCCGUACGUGGUGAAGGUGCAAGCAGCUACAGAUGAUGGUCCUGGAAUUAUUUCGGAAGCCUAUGAGAUGUGUGGCAGAAGGACGUCCGAUGCCAAGCGUUUCCUACAGUUGGUUGCCGAUGAACUCCACAGAAAGCGGCGAUCUCGCCCACCGCACGUGACGGUUACUCCUGCGGAUAAGAUCGUCAAAGAGCCGAGUAACGAACCGUUGAGCAUUGAAUGCGAAGCACUUGGAGUACCCAAACCGAGAAUUAUCUGGCUUUGGAGUGGGCAGUUGGUUGAAGACGGCAAGGAUGAAUUCCGAGUCUAUGAUAUCACACCAAUGGACGCUCAAGACCGCUCAACAAGCAAACUCAUUGCCCAAAGCACCACGAGAACUGGUGUGGCUACCUGCCAGGCCGUGAAUGCUGAAGGGUCAGACGAAACAAAGACAGAGGUGAAGAUCCUUGGACCAGGCAGUGCUCCAUUGCAUAUUCAACCUACACCGAUGCAUACCGGAUUCGAUGUUGCAUGGCAGCCACCAAAAAGGCCAAAUGGACGUAUCAAGAACUACAUCGUCUACUACACCAAGGAUCCAGAUGCACCGCUAUCAGAGUGGAAAUCGGAAACCGUUAGUGGUGACCUCAGUCUAAGCCAAAUGAACGCCUACGUGAAAAAUGACAUUUUUCAGGAACCCGUUCCGAUCCCUAUUCACCCGGAUCCGGCACAGGAGCACCGCUACAAUUCGAUCCAGGUCUACUCAACGACAUCAACAAAAAGGACUUUGCUGUGUCAAGCGAGAAAUCCCGACGGCACUGUGGAGGACAAGCACUUUUUCAUUGUGAACAAACCUGGCAGUCCGCCAAGGGAUGUCAACGUGAUUGUGGAUCCUGACAACAGAGUCACAGUUACAUGGGAACCGCCUAAGCAUCCUAAUGGCGACAUUACGGUAGGAAAGACUUUGUCAAGGUCCACCAUAGUAUGGGCAAGACCUCUUGAUUCGCAGCAGGUUACAAUCGCCGAAUGCGAUGCCCGUCUGAUAUCUUACCGAUUUGUUGCCGAGGCAACAACAGGACGAACACCGUCCACAUCAGCUGGUUUUGGAUCAGAAGAACGCUAUAUGGAGCCGACAUUAAGGUAUUAUAUUGAGGAGGUUUCAAGGCUUCAGUAUCUGGCAUACACCAUCUACUUCACUCCUGAUGACGGUACCGCUGACGAAGAUUACAGGAACUGGGCUCGUAUUGAAGUUCCAACAAGUGAUGAUCACGGCAACGUCAUCAUAGACAAAGACCAGUACGACAUCAAGCCUAAUACUCCAUAUAAGGUACGAAUUUCGGCCACAAAUGAUCAGUCUGAAGGUCCAGCAUCUGAGCCAACACUUUUCGAAACUGGCAGUGGAGGUAUGUGCCAGCAAAUUAAAUGCCCCCCUACAAUCACAUUGGAUCCACCGAAGAACGUGGUUUCUGUGGAGCCAAAAGGAUCGGUCAACAUUAUCUGCACAGCCACCGGACUACCACAGCCCACAGUUUAUUGGGUGUUGGAGAAUGGCGACAAAGUCGAAGGAAGGGCGCUGCAGCUCACCAACCUCAUCAAGGACACCACAGCCACAUGUCGUGCGGAGAACAGGGCAGGAAUGACACAGGAAGUCGUGCAAGUACAAGUUGCUGGCCCUGGAACCCCUCCAAAUGAAAUCGUCUUGCUUCCAAUGCCUAAUCAGGUGAUAAAUGUGGAGUGGACGACACCAGAUGAAGUGAACGGACGUAUCACAAAUUACGUCGUACACUACGGAGAAGUGCCGGAAGGUUCGAUUGACGUUAAUUCUCGAAAAUCUGCAAAUACUUCUGACUUUCUUCCGGUCUUGAUGCUUCCAACGUCUGACAUGGUCGGUUCGGAACUAGGAGAGAAUGAACCAUUAGAAUGGAAACAAGCAACAGUUGACGCCGUAGACGUCAACCACCAGCUGCCGAAUCUGGAUCCCAAGAAGACCUAUGCUGUUCGAGUGCAGGCCAUUAGCGAUCGUGGUCCGGGAGUGAUCUCAGCACCCCAGAUGAUUCGCACGCUACCACUUGCUCCUGCCAAAGUAGAAAAUCCGGAAAUCACUGUGUUCAACAAUAACUCGAUAGUGAUAGACUUCGUGCCUCCUGCAGAUCCAGACAAACCGAAGAAACAGAUUAAGGAUUUCGUCAUCCAGUAUACUUCUGAAGAUCCGCCUACUGAUGAAACGGAAUGGAAAGAACUUCGCUACACUGAUCCAGAUGAUACUGAUAAUUACACAUUAUUAUGCCAUCGCAAGCCAGAAUUCAACGUCGAUGCUCCCGACAACGUGAUUCGAGUUCCAGCUGGCACAGACUACAUAGUUACGUUUAUUAUGCCAUCGCAACCAGAAUUCAACGUCGAUGCUCCCGACAACGUGAUUCGUGUCCCAGCUGGCACAGACUACAUAGUUACGUGUAGUUCUACGGGCUUCCCUCCGCCUGACAUUCGCUGGGUGGACAGCGAAGGAAAUCAACUUUCCGAUGGUCCACAGUUGAAGUUAAUUGACGUGAGAAGAACCAUCAAAGCGAAAUGUUUGGCUGAAAACAGAGGAGGCCUCAAGGAGACCGACUUCACCGUAUUUGUGGCAGGUGAGGAACAUCAAGAUAAGAAUUACAGGGCCGGGAACUGCACCAGAAAACGUCCAGCUUCACGCGGACAAACCAGUAACCAUAUCGGUACAGUGGGAUCCUCCAUUGAUUCCGAAUGGAAAUAUUCACCUAAAUAUAUUGUCUAUUAUACACCUUUGGACGACCAGGAUCCCGCUCACCAAAUCGGUCAAGUGCAGUCGAGACCGAUCAACGAAUGGGUGACAUACCAUGACACUCCGGACACCGAUGGCACGAGGAAGGCAGAACUGAAAGAUUUUGUCGAGACCGAUACGGCUUAUGCUGUCGUA